AUGAUGUCAAUCGGGACACUAUUGGCCUAUACUUUAGUCGCCGAAUCCAUUCUCAUUAUAAGAUAUUCAGAUGACGUGAAAGCUAUAAAUCAAGUGAAAAAUGAAUCGGAAGAAAUGCAAACCAUAAACCAAUAUCCAAUUACUCGCCAAAAUAUUUACCGACAAAUCUUCAGCGGCCGUCGUAUGACACCCUUUCCCAACCAAUUGUCAUCAAUUGUAUCCAAUUAUCUCAUCGGAACUUUAACCCUUCUUCUGGUCAUAUUAGACAUACAAUUAGUCUUUUUAGAGGACUUACUGUUUAAGGCCAAAGUGGGUCCACUCGUUGGCGUUGGAAUCACAACUUUGAUUAUCAUUGCGGCCGCAAUUUGUCUCACAAGACAGCCGACAAUCCCAGAGUCGCGUUCAUUUGAGGUGCCGUGGGUUCCAUUGGUUCCAUUCCUAAGCGUUUGGGUUAACGUCUAUUUAAUGUUUAAGCUGUCGGUCCAGACGUGGAUCCGAUUCGCCGUUUGGAUGAUAAUCGGUUUGAAAUGA